CUACCCGCUGCUGCUAGCAGUCACCCAUCCAUACAGUAUUCCUUUUGCUGCUAUCCGCUCCUCCAACCUUCAAAAGUCUCGUGUGUCUCACCGCGAGUAAGCUGCUAAUCUCGGAACAGCGCCUCUCUGUUACACGGCAUCUCUCGUGUGAGGCAAGGACUAAAAAAGCGAAAAGAGGCGCCUCCGACUCUCGUCUGACUGGCCGGUUCCUUUCCAGGAGAGCGAGCAAACAGUUUGGCUCGUGACGCGGGUGCCGUCCAGCCUCUUUUGUCGCUUCGUCGUUUCCAUCCUCGGCUUCUCGCUUCUUCUUCUUCUUCUUCUAGUUCUUUCUCUCCUCGUCUCUCGCAGGUCGACUUUCGCCCUCCCUGCUUAGCUAUCCGAAACACCGCCUCGCAAAUCUAGAACCACAAACCAGACAAACAAGAAGAAGAAGAACAGCAGGAAUUCCAGCACUUCCGCGGCUCAACCAACCAUGGCGGCUCCCAGCGCCACGCCUCCUCUCCUCCUCACCAAGCGUCUCAACGCCUUCCUCCACUCCCACCAAAGCGCCCAUCUGCCGACUCUCCUCCUCACCACCGCCCAAGGAAAGCUCCUCGCCCACGCCUCCUCCCAGCCCGUCACAGUGCUGCGAACCCACGCCACCGUCGCGGCCUCCCUCCUCGCCAUCCACACAUCCUCCUCCGCCUCCAUCCCAACAGCUCUUCCCGGAUCGCGCACGCCCGAUCCGAUAAUCAGCUCGCCCGGAAGCCCCCACGGAAGCGAUCUCGACCACGACGCCGACCACAGCAGCCAGGAAGACGCGGCCGACCCGUCCGACCCGACGCGGUCGAGGCAGAGACCCAGACGCACCAUCCGACCCGUCACUAUCACCGUCCAGCUGAGCGAGGGCACAGUCAUCAUCCGGCGCCUCAAGUGCGGACUGCUCUUUGUGUGUGUUGGCCCUGCGGCAUAUAACCUGCAGGAUCAGCUGCACCACUCAUCGCACUCGCAUCACGAAAACGGCGAUGGAGUCGGCAGCCCGAGCGAGGUGGAAAGCUUGAUCAGCGCGGGUGGCCUGACGACGUCGAGCUUGGAGAGCGCGAGUGCUGCGCCUGUCGUGGCGAUGAGGAAACACGCCUCAGAGCUGGCGCGGUGGCUGGACGAGAAGCUUGGAACGUUAAGAGUCCCUGAGGAGGGCAUUGGUGUCAUGCAUCUACAUGCACCGGCGCACGUGUAAGGGGCAAAGUCGAGGACAAGAUUGGUGAGAUGCCAAGGGAGAAGAGGGAAAAUGGAUUAGUUAAGUAACUUAUAUAGGCGUUUGGUUUUUUUGUGUUCGGCUUUUUCUUUUGGUACAUUUUGCAUCCGUCAUUCAGGGGGUAAAAGAUAGCAACAGGGAGAAACUUUUAUUUUUAAGUCUUGUAAUACUCGCGGCGUUCAGGAUUAUAUAUCGAGAUGAACAGCAACGAAAAUAAAGUCAUUCA